AUGGGCAUCGCUCCCCUCUCUCCCGGCCCUUUAGUCCAGCCUGAUCCUAUCAGAGAAGUUAAAAUUAACAGCGGGGAAAAUCCAGAACGUACCUUUGAUUUGGUACUGAAAGUAAAAUGCCAGGCAUCUGAAAUUGAAGAUCCAGUGGUACUGUGGAAGUUCCCGGAGGACUUUGGAGACCAGGAUGUACUGAACAGUGUUCCAAAGUUUUGCUUUCCUUUUGACAUUGAAAGGGUCUCCCAAAACCAAGUAGGACAGCAUUUUACCUUCGUGCUCACCGACAUUGAAAGUAAGCAAAGGUUUGGAUUUUGCCGUUUGACGUCAGGAGGCAAGGUCUGCCUCUGUAUUCUAAGUUACCUACCAUGGUUUGAGGUCUACUACAAGCUCCUAAAUACCCUGGCAGAUUAUUUGGCUAAAGAACAGGAAAAUGACUCAAAUGAUUUGUUAAAGUCAUUGUAUAGCCAUCCUGUGCCAAAGGCGAAUGCUUUAGUCAGUUUAAGUGUGCACUCGUAUUUCAUUACUCCUGAUACAACUGGAUUGCCAACAAUCCCUGAAAGUAGAAACCUCACUGAAUAUUUUGUUGCUGUGGAUGUGAACAACAUGCUGCAACUUUAUGCCAGUAUGUUGCAUGAGAGACGAAUCAUUAUUACCUCUAGCAAACUAAGCACUUUAACUGCUUGUGUUCAUGCGUCAGCUGCAUUGUUAUAUCCAAUGUAUUGGCAACACAUUUACAUCCCAGUGCUUCCUCCACAUCUUCUGGACUACUGCUGUGCGCCGAUGCCUUAUCUAAUUGGUGUCCACUUAAGUUUAAUAGAGAGAGUAAAAAAUAGAUCACUGGAGGAUGUGGUUUUGCUAAAUGUUGACACAAACACGCUAGAAACCCCUUUUAAUGACCUGAACAACCUACCUGGUGAUGUGGUCUCGGCCUUGAAAAAUAAACUGAAAAAGCAGUCUACAGCUACAGGGGAUGGCGUAGCCAAGGCCUUUCUGCGGGCACAGGCGGCACUGUUUGGAUCCUACAGAGAUGCACUAAGAUACAAACCAGGAGAGCCUAUAACUUUCUGUGAGAAUAGUUUUGUGAAGCAUCGUUCCAGUAGUACUAAGCAGUUCCUGGAAACUGCUGUUAAUCUUCAACUGUUUAAACAGUUUAUUGAUGGCCGACUAUCAAAAUUAAAUGCAGGAAGAGGAUUCUCUGAUGUUUUUGAAGAGGAAAUCACAGCAGGAGGCUUUUGUGGAGGAAAUUCAAGAUCUUAUCAGCAGUGGAUGCAUACAGUGAAGAAAGGUGGUGCAUUGAUCAACACAGCAAUGACCAAAGCCACCCCGGCUGUGAAGACAGCAUAUAAAUUCGCAAAAAAUCAGGCAAGGCAAGGAAUAAAAGAAGUGAAGAGUAAGUUAAAACACAAGGAGAGUGAAGGAGAGUAUGGAAGUUGCAGUGCUGGUGCAGUACGGGCUGCUCCUGUCUACACAUUACAUUAUGAGAAAAGAGAGAACUCGGAAAAACGAAGGCUGGCACAGACUCGUUUCAACCAGCAUCUCAGUAACCAGGAUUUUGCCUUGGAUGAAGAUGAUGAUGAUGAUGAAAUGGAGAGAACAAGCAAGUUAUCAUCAGAAGACAGUGAAGAAGCUUCUGCUUACUUUUAUGAUAGUGAUGAUUCUGGUGAAACUGGAAUAACUCCUCAGCAUCAAGGAGAAAUGGACUUGCUUGGGGAGAUUUUGGACACGCUGAGCACACACAGUUCAGAUCAAGGAAAGCUCUCAGGAGCAAAGAGCCUGGAUUUUUUUAGGUCAAUGGAUGACAUUGAUUACAAGACUGAGAACAAGUCGAAUGCACCCAGUGAGAGCAACCUUACCCUGCUCUGCAGCAAUGCUAAUGAUCAAGCAGAGUGGAACCUUGGUCAGGAUGACAGUGUGCUCCAUGGGAAGCAGCUCCCUCCAUCACCAAGGAAGCCAGUUUCUUCUGGUGGCCACAGAGAAUCUCUCUCAAGGCUGGAAGAAGAAAGUAGUGGUAAAACAUUUGUUGCUGAGAAGAUGGACACCAAAAGUAUGACAACGCCAUCUCUAUUGCGAUCAAGUCCCCAGUUUGCUUCUCUGGAAAGUUUCAAAGCAGGUUAUUCUUCCUAUAAGUAUGCUGAGCAGAAUGAAACACUAAGCAAUACCUCAGAAGGUCAGCUCUCAGCAAGUCUUGCUCAAGAUCCAUCCAUUCUGGUCCCUUGGGAGAAAGACAGGAAGAAAGGAAAUGAAACUCCAGAAGAGGGUAGAGUAUUUCACAUAAAAAUUUCAGAAAGGUUAUCAUCAGAAGACAGUGAAGAAGCUUCUGCUUACUUUUAUGAUAGUGAUGAUUCUGGUGAAACUGGAAUAACUCCUCAGCAUCAAGGAGAAAUGGACUUGCUUGGGGAGAUUUUGGACACGCUGAGCACACACAGUUCAGAUCAAGGAAAGCUCUCAGGAGCAAAGAGCCUGGAUUUUUUUAGGUCAAUGGAUGACAUUGAUUACAAGACUGAGAACAAGUCGAAUGCACCCAGUGAGAGCAACCUUACCCUGCUCUGCAGCAAUGCUAAUGAUCAAGCAGAGUGGAACCUUGGUCAGGAUGACAGUGUGCUCCAUGGGAAGCAGCUCCCUCCAUCACCAAGGAAGCCAGUUUCUUCUGGUGGCCACAGAGAAUCUCUCUCAAGGCUGGAAGAAGAAAGUAGUGGUAAAACAUUUGUUGCUGAGAAGAUGGACACCAAAAGUAUGACAACGCCAUCUCUAUUGCGAUCAAGUCCCCAGUUUGCUUCUCUGGAAAGUUUCAAAGCAGGUUAUUCUUCCUAUAAGUAUGCUGAGCAGAAUGAAACACUAAGCAAUACCUCAGAAGGUCAGCUCUCAGCAAGUCUUGCUCAAGAUCCAUCCAUUCUGGUCCCUUGGGAGAAAGACAGGAAGAAAGGAAAUGAAACUCCAGAAGAGGGUGGGCUUCUUCAAGAAGUGGUGUCAUUGUGUAAACUGAGCUCUGCUUUUCACUAUGGUUUAAAUAUUUCAGAAGAUAGCUUAUCCAGCAGUAGCAGGGGAAAUAAAACAUAA